AUGGGAGCGUCGACUUCGUCACCGACUAAAGUUGAGCAGGUCUUUGCCUCUGCUAAGGUACAAGCUGCUUUUGAGAAGAUUGCAGACAAGACGCAUAUUCCUCGUGAGGAUGUAGCUUAUCAUACGGUUCUAUCAUCUGCCAAGCCAUUACCUCAAUUGUCACAGACGCAAGUGGAGCUUUUGACCCGCGAGUAUGGAGAGACUUUAGCCCAGAAUAGUCUCAAGUCACGGAAUUUCUGCGUGUUGGUGCGUAAUGUGAUCCACGCACUGCCGUUCAGCUGUCAAGUGGCGAAUAUGACAGAGAAACAAUUGGCGGCUUUUGCACCUGGUGCAGUAGGUCCUGACUUGAUUGAUGGGACGCCACAGACAGUGGAAAUGCACUUGCAUCGAGCUGUAAAUGCACUAUUUUUGGUUCGACAAUUUACAAUGAGAUUUGUGGAAAGAACGGAUGAAUGUUCGUUACUCGCUCAUUUCCAACACCAACGACCGGCAGAUGUUGCUGCCUCUGAGACUACUACAAGACAUAGCUUAUCUAUUCAGAUGGAAGCAGAGACUGCUAGCUACAAUGAUGCAUGCUCGAAUCAACAUCCGUCAGACGAUCUUGCUUUUCGCUUUCUGGAUGCACUGCUUACCGCUCUUAUUGAAUUUCCACCAAAUGAAAAGACAUAUGAUUUGCACGUGGAAGUAGUGAAUACGCUCUUGGUGCUCUUGUCUCCUGUGGUAUAUCCGCGGGAUCAUUCGAAGCAAGCUGGUGAUCUACGUUCGCACAAUCCUUUUCUUCAUAUGCUAAUGGUGUCAGCUAUGCCACAAAGUAAAAAGUCGUACUGGGCUUCCGGUGUAGUUCGCCGCUUGCUGCUGAAUACCAUCGAUCAGCUCCAAGCCACGGGACCAAGUUCGAUAACAAAUACUGCACUGGUUGCUCUGCAAAUGGCACAAGAGAUGUCGCUUGUUGCGAUGUCAGAAAUCUCCAACCACGAAUACGAUGAAGACCAGUUCUCCUAUUUUACACUGAAAGGCGUUGGCUCGAUUGCGGCAUCCAUUGUCCACUUCCCAUGGAGCGUCAUGAGUUAUUUUACCACUUGGGAGGGUACUGCAAGCCCGCUCGCCGAUCGUAGUGUUCUGCUACUACUGGUUUUGCUUCAGAGUUGCCGAGAUAGUGACUCGCCCGUGACUAGUAAUCCUUUUCGAGGCGCACUUUGUGGCAUCACAGAUGAUACUGGCAUCGACAGCCAGAGCACGAGAGCUUAUCCAAUGCAGCAUGGUGGGGCAUCUCAAAGCUUAGGUGCGAAGAAAUUGGAGCUACCAUUCUCAGAUUUGUUCAAGGUCAUUGGAAGCCACGCACCAUACGAAGCUAGUCAUCUCAUGCUGUACACAUUACUAUACUCGAAUCCAAUGAUUUUGGAUAGGGCUGUGAGCGACGCAGACAUGGAGCGUCUAUUGCUGCCUUUAUUGGAGACAUUGUAUCACGCGCGGUCUGUCGAGCCUAGCCGCUUGUACAUGCUGGUGGUCGUGUUACUGACGUUCACACAAGACCAAACGUUUGUUCAUACUGCUCAUACGCAAUUGGUUGUACCCAAUGUGUCGUGGUACCAGAAGCAUUACAUGGUAGAUGUUUCGCUGGGCAGUCUCAUGAUGGUUAUCUUCACACGGCUCAUAAUCCGCAACAUCACCCACUUUCAGGACAGCUUUAUCCAUCUGAACGCUUUUGCAGCCUUGUCCAACCUCGCCCGCUCGGCCGAGAAUCUGCACAUGUGUGCUGCUCAAGGCAUCGUGGAGCUCAUUGACAUGCUGGUUAAGAACGAAGCAAAGCUAGUGAUACAGAUGAAACGCUUGAAGGCUACAGACAAAGAGAAAAAUGAUGCCUUCGCUCAAAGACGUUCCGCGUACGUCGAGUUUAUCCGGUUGUUGCUCGGUGUCGUGUCAUCUUGUCUGAAGGCAAAGCUGUUGCCGCGAAAUCCGCAACUUAUUUAUUCAGUGUUGCACCGUGCCGAUACGUUUGCAGCGCUGCAGCAGCAUCCCGAGUUUGCUGCGCACGUGCACAACGGACCCGUCUGGAGCACGUUGGCGCGGUUCCAGACAGUCGUGGAUGCGAAGACCUCACCCGAUGACGUGCUCGACGCAGACAUGGUGCUAAACAUUAUCCGUGGCGAAUGCGUUAGCCUUUUGGCAGCAUCAAGUGCUGGAUCAAGAGCAGGAGAUUGUACAAAUGCGAGGAGGUUGGUCGACGAUGACGAUACGAGCUACCGAUAUGAAGAGGAGAGUGAUCCAGAGCAGUUUUUCGUGCCGUACAUUUGGAAGCACAUCCAGGAGCAGACGCCCGAUUGCUGCUGGAAAGUCGAUAAGAUCACACUGUUCGUGCCCAGUUGCAGUUCCGCGCCUACUCAUGUCGUGACAAGCUAA